GUGAGGAUGCAAUGACAGGCGAUACGGACAAAUACCUCGGACCCCAGGAUCUGAAAGAGUUGGGAGAUGAUUCUUUGCCUGCUGAAGGAUACAUGGGCUUUAGCCUGGGAGCCCGCUCUGCCAGCCUCCGCUCCUUCAGUUCGGAUAGGUCCUACACGCUGAACAGAAGUUCUUAUGCCCGGGACAGCAUGAUGAUCGAAGAGCUGCUGGUACCAGCAAAGGAUCAGCACCUGACGUUUCAAAGGGAAUUUGAUUCUGAUUCUCUCAGACACUAUAGCUGGGCUGCAGACACCUUGGACAAUGUUAACCUUGUUUCAAGUCCCAUCCAUUCUGGUUUCCUGGUUAGUUUUAUGGUUGAUGCACGUGGGGGUUCAAUGAGGGGUAGUCGCCAUCAUGGAAUGAGAAUAAUUAUCCCACCACGCAAGUGUACGGCGCCAACCCGCAUCACCUGCCGCUUGGUAAAGAGGCAUAAACUGGCCAGCCCGCCACCGAUGGUUGAAGGAGAAGGAUUAGCAAGUAGACUUGUAGAAAUGGGACCAGCAGGGGCACAGUUUUUAGGCCCUGUCAUAGUGGAAAUCCCACAUUUUGGAUCCAUGCGAGGAAAAGAAAGAGAACUAAUUGUACUUCGAAGUGAAAAUGGUGAGACGUGGAAAGAGCACCAGUAUGACAGCAAACAUGAAGACUUAACUGAAAUACUCAAUGGCAUGGAUGAAGAGCUGGACAGCACUGAGGAACUAGAGAAGAAGCGUAUCUGCAGGAUUGUCACAAAGGAUUUCCCUCAGUACUUUGCAGUAGUUUCGCGAAUCAAGCAGGAGAGUAACCAAAUCGGCCCGGAGGGCGGGGUGCUGAGCAGCACGACGGUACCACGCGUCCAGGCAUCCUUCCCUGAGGGUGCUCUAACCAAAAGAAUUCGUGUGGGGCUCCAGGCUCAACCAGUUCCAGAGGAGAUUGUCAAAAAAGUCCUUGGAAACAAAGCAACUUUCAGUCCCAUUGUCACUGUGGAGCCAAGAAGAAGAAAAUUUCAUAAGCCAAUAACCAUGACAAUUCCUGUUCCGCCUCCAUCAGGAGAAGGUGUAACCAAUGGGUACAAAGGAGACACGACCCCCAGCCUUCGACUUCUAUGUAGCAUUACAGGAGGUACUUCCCCUGCGCAGUGGGAGGAUAUCACGGGCACCACCCCGCUGACAUUUGCAAAUGACUGUGUCUCAUUCACAACCAAUGUUUCGGCCAGAUUUUGGCUCGCAGACUGCCAUCAAGUGCUAGAAACUGUUGGACUGGCAACACAGCUUUAUAGAGAAUUAAUAUGCGUUCCUUAUAUGGCAAAGUUUGUGAUAUUUGCCAAAAUGAAUGACCCUGUGGAAUCCAAUUUGCGUUGCUUCUGCAUGACUGAUGACAAAGUGGACAAAACUUUGGAGCAACAAGAGAACUUUGAAGAAGUUGCAAGAAGCAAAGACAUUGAGGUUCUGGAAGGAAAACCUAUUUAUGUUGAUUGCUAUGGAAAUCUGGCCCCUUUGACUAAAGGAGGACAGCAGCUUGUUUUUAAUUUUUAUGCUUUCAAAGAAAAUAGACUGCCAUUCUCUAUCAAGGUACGAGACACCAGCCAGGAACCUUGUGGUCGAUUAUCGUUUUUGAAAGAACCAAAGACUACAAAAGGACUGCCACAAACAGCUGUUUGCAACUUGAAUAUCACUCUGCCGGCACACAAAAAGGAAACAGAGUCAGAUCAAGAUGAUGAGACGGAGAAAGCUGACCGGCGCCAGAACUUUGUCUCCCUUGCUUUACGUAAGCGCUACAGCUAUCUGACUGAGCCUGGAAUGAUUGAACGGAGUGCAGGAGCAACAAGAUCCCUACCUGCUACUUAUUCAUACAAGCCAUUCUUUUCAACACGGCCAUAUCAGUCAUGGACAACAGCUCCAAUUACAGUGCCUGGGCAAACCAAAUCAGGCUUCACUUCCUUAUCAAGCUCUUCCUCUAACACUCCUACAGCUUCCCCAUUAAAAUCAAUAUGGUCUGUUUCUUCUGCUUCUCCAAUCAAAUCCACGUUAGGAGCUUCUACCACAUCUUCAGUUAAAUCUGUUAGCGAUGUAGCAUCUCCGAUUAGAUCGUUUCGGACAAUCUCUUCACCAAUAAAAACUGUGGUAUCGCAGCCUCCGUACAAUAUACAGGUUACUUCAGGCUCUUUCGUCAGAGCUCCCGCAGUCACAGAAGCUGCCAGUCUGAAAGGGCUGGCGUCCACUACCACAUUCCCCUCUCGGACAUCUCCAGUGACUACUGCAGGAUCUCUCUUGGAGAGAUCAUCCAUAACCAUGACGCCUCCAGCAUCCCCCAAAUCCAACAUUAACAUGUACUCUUCAAGUUUGCCACUUAAAUCGGUCAUCACAUCAGCAUCUUCACUUUUAUCCUCCCCUCUAAAGUCAGUGGUGUCACCUGCUAAGUCAGCAGUUGAUGCUGUUUCAUCCUCUAAAGUCAUGAUGGCCUCGUCUCUCUCGUCGCCAGCAAAACAUGUAGCUGGGCACACAGAUGUACCAUUGCUUAAUGGAUCUGUGUCACCUCUGAAAUACCCAUCUUCUGCCAACUUAGUAAAUGGAUCCAAAGCUGCAGCUGUUUUUCAAGACAAGAUCGCUGCAGCUGCACAUUCUGCAAGUUGUGCUGCUAACGCAGUUGCUGACACAGCUGAGAGAGUCCUUUCAACAGCUACAACAAUGUCAUUUUCUCCACUCAGGUCAUUUGUGUCUUCAGCACCAUCAGCUUUCCAGUCAAUGAGAACUCCUCCUGCAGGUGCUUUGUACACAGCCCUUGGGUCAAUAUCUGCAACUACCUCAUCAGUAACUUCAUCAACAAUAACAGUGCCAGUAUAUUCUGUAGUCAAUGUUUUGUCUGAACCAGCAUUAAAGAAGCUCCCAGAGUCGUCCUCUCUUACAAAAUCAGCUGCUGCGUUACUGUCACCUAUUAAAACAUUGACUACAGAGGCACGCACACAGCCUCCUUUUAAUAGAACUUCAUCUCCAAUAAAAUCGUCCUUGUUUCUAGCACCCUCUGCUCUCAAACUGUCCACACCAUCUUCUUUAUCCUCCAGUCAGGAGAUACUGAAAGAUGUUGCUGAAAUGAAAGAGGAUCUAAUAAGAAUGACGGCAAUAUUGCAGACAGAUGUCGCAGAGGAGAAACCGUUCCAACCCGAGAUACCAAAAGAGGGUAGAAUUGAUGAUGAAGAGCCCUUUAAGAUUGUUGAGAAAGUAAAAGAGGACUUAGUAAAAGUUAGUGAGAUUCUGAAAAAAGAUGUGUGUUUAGAAAGUAAAGGGUCGGCUAAAGUAUCCAAAAGUGAUCAAGGACACCUGUCUGAGGAUGACUGGGUAGAGUUCAGUACAGAGGAGAUUGAUGAAGCGAGACAGCAAGCUUUGACAAGCCCUCCUAUAUCUGUUCCAGAGAAGGUCCAAAUUAAAACUAAAACCAUGUCGGAAAAGGAUUAUAGCUUGUCAAAAGUUAUUGAUUACUUAGCGAAUGAUAUUGGUAGCAGUUCAUUAACAAACAUAAAGUACAAGUUUGAAGAGGGGAAAAAAGAAGGUGAAGAGAGGCAAAAACGCAUUUUAAAACCAGCUAUUGCUUUGCAGGAACAUAAACUUAAAAUGCCUCCAGCCUCCAUGAGGCCUUCAACAUCAGAAAAGGAGUUAUGUAAAAUUGCAGAUUCCUUUUUUGGAACGGAUACUAUUUUAGAGUCUCCAGAUGACUUUUCUCAGCACGAUCAAGAUAAAAGUCCCUUAUCUGACAGUGGCUUUGAAACGAGGAGUGAAAAGACACCUUCUGCCCCACAAAGUGCUGAAAGCACAGGGCCAAAACCACUUUUCCAUGAUGUACCCAUCCCUCCCGUCAUUACAGAAACAAGAACCGAAGUAGUUCAUGUAAUCCGUAGCUACGAACCAUCGUCUGAAGAAAUUCCAGAGCAGAAAGCAGAGGAGCUACCGGCUUCGAAACCUACCCCUACGUUCAUGGAGCUGGAGCAAAAACCUGCUGGAUCUAUUAAAGAGAAGGUUAAAGCUUUUCAGAUGAAAGCCAGCAGCAGCGAAGAAGAUGACCACAAGUGUGUCCUUAGUAAAGGUGUCCGAGUAAAAGAAGAAACUCACAUCACUACGACAACUAGGAUGGUUUAUCAUAAACCUCCAUGCGCUGAAAGCACGUCUGAAAGAAUUGAGGAAACAAUGUCUGUUCAUGACAUAAUGAAAGCCUUUCAGUCCGGACGUGACCCUUCCAAAGAACUGGCAGGUCUGUUUGAGCACAAAUCAUCAGUAACAUCCGAUGUUAGCAAGUCUGCUGAAACUUCACCACAACAUGCAGAGAAGGACAGCAAAAUGAAACCCAAACUGGAGCGAAUAAUAGAGGUCCAUAUUGAAAAAGGUAAUCAGGCUGAACCUACUGAAGUCAUUAUUAGAGAAACAAAAAAGCAUCCAGAAAAAGAAAUGUAUGUAUAUCAGAAAGACUUACCUCGGGGAGAUAUUAACUUAAAAGAGUUGGAAAAACAUGAUGCUUUUCCUUGUUCAGACGAACAAGGUCAGCAAGAAGAAGAGGAGCUCACGGCCGAAGAGUCACUUCCUUCUUAUCUGGAAUCCUCUAGAGUUAACACUCCUGUGUCCCAGGAAGAAGACAGUCGCCCUAGUUCUGCUCAACUCAUGUCUGAUGACUCUUACAAAACACUGAAGCUUUUGAGUCAGCACUCAAUAGAAUACCAUGAUGAUGAGUUGUCAGAACUAAGAGGGGAGUCUUACAGGUUUGCUGAGAAAAUGCUUCUUUCAGAAAAGCUAGAUGUGUCUCACUCUGAUACUGAGGAGUCAGUUACUGACCAUGCUCUACCCCUUAGUGCAGAGUUACAGGGGUCUGAUAAACGAUGCAGAGAAAAAGUAGCUACUGCCCCCAGAAAAGAGAUUCUCUCCAAAAUCUAUAAAGAUGUAUCUGAAAAUGGUGUAGGUAAAAUGUCUAAAGAUGAUCAUUAUGAUAAAGUGACAGUGUUACACUACACUGGAGAUGUUAGUAGUCCAAAACAUGCGAUGUGGAUGCGCUUUACUGAGGACAGAUUAGACAGAGGUAGAGAAAAGUUGAUAUAUGAAGACAGGGUGGACAGGACUGUUAAAGAGGCAGAAGAAAAACUGACCGAAGUAUCACAGUUUUUUCGGGACAAAACAGAGAAGCUGAAUGAUGAGCUACAGUCUCCGGAGAAAAAGCAGCAUAAAAAAAAUGGCAAAGAAAUACAUUCUAGCCAGAGCUCUGCCAGCAGCAGCCCUGAGAAGGUUCUGCUCUCUGAAUUACCGUCAUCCGGUGACGAGUGGAGUAAGGUGAAGCAGUAUGCGCAUGAUGGGAAAUGCUUUCCCAAGGUGGAUGAAAGAAAAGCGUCCAGUUUGCCCAGCAGUCCUGAGAAAAGGAUAUUUGUGCAACCUGCAGAGGACUCUAAACAAACUAUGGAACACAAAGGAAGCGCUCAGCAGACUGGAGUACCUGAGGUUUCACAGACUGGAUUUCAGCUGAAGCAAUCAAAGCUCAGUUCCAUUAGGCUCAAAUUUGAACAAAGUCUAAGUCCGAGAAGUAAGGAUGUAACUCAAGAAGAAAAAAGGCUGGAUGGACACUCCAAAAUUCCAGUAAAGAAAUUGCAAGAAAGUAAGUUACCGGUGUAUCAGUUUUACUCCAGAGAGAAGCACGCAAAGCAAGUAGAGGUCAUUGAUGGGAGCACAGCUUUACAGAAAGAGGUGAAAAUACGGGAAGACUUUGUUCCAAGUAAAGGGAAACCUAUCGAAGACUCUCGUGCUACAGACUCACAAAAACAAAGAACUGAGAUGGGUAAAGGCGUGCCAGAAUGCUUUUCAGAACCUCAAGCAAAAGACCUGGUAUAUGGCGCAGACUCAACAAUGAAGGGACACUGGGACAAAAAAAUCUAUAGGACGUGGGAAAGUCCUGGAACUUCUAAUCAUAAAACACAGAAAGAAAAGCUUGCACAUGUGCUGGUUCCAGAUACAGUAAAAGAAAACCAUGUUGAUCAUGCUGAAGCUAAAACUGACAAAAAAAGUGAAUUCAUCACUGUGACAGAGCACAAACUGGCAGCAAAUGGAAUUCAUUCAGAAGAAGUGAAGGAAGUGACUGUAAAAUCUCCCUCGAAAAGAGUUUUAUACAGAGAAUUUGUUGUCAGGGAGGGGGAACGUAAUGGUGAAGUGGCUGAUAAAAUAUCCAAAAGGAAAGAAGAAAUUGCUGUGUCCCAUAUUCCAGUCAGAAUUGUCGAGGAGAAGAGAACCACACUUGAUGGUGUCUAUGAACUUUCAGCUAAAGUAUCCCAGUCAGCUGUGAUUAAGGAGAAGGUUGAGAGGCAGAUUGAUUAUGUGGAAGAUGAAAAACUAAAACACUCAGAAAUCAGAAAAGUUACCAAGCAGCAGAGCUCAAUAGGCCUAAGUCCUUCUGUUGAGGAAACAGAGAUAUCCCCUAGCAAAUCACCAGAUUCUUUAGAAUGUAGUCCAGGAAAAGAAUUUCCUUCAAGUGAGUUAGUUGACGCUGGUGCCAGUGAUUACUUGGAUAAAGUUGCACCACUAGUAAGCACUGAGGGAGUAAAAGAAAUUAAGACCUUGCCUGUUUAUGUCAGUUUUGUUCAAGUAGGAAAGCAGUAUGAGAAAGAGGUGCAACAAGGAAAUAUUAAAAAAAUUGUCAGUCAGGAAAGUAAGACAGUACAGGAGACACGGGGCACAUUUUACACAGCUAGACAGCAAAAACAACCUCCUUCUCCGCAAGGUAGUCCAGAAGAUGACACACUGGAGCAAGUGUCCUUUAUAGAUAGCUCUGGUAAAAGCCCUUUAACACCAGAAACACCGAGUUCAGAGGAAGUGAGUUACGAGUUUACAUCUAAAACACCUGACUCCCUAAUAGCUUAUAUCCCAGGCAAGCCAAGUCCUAUACCUGAGGUAUCCGAGGAGUCAGAGGAGGAAGCAGAGGCUAAGUCAACAUCUGUAAAACAGGCAGAGGUUGAGGAACCACAGAUUGACAAAGUGUUACUUAAUCAUAUAAAUAAGGACUCUAACAAAAGACCCAAAGGUAACAGAGUUGCCUACAUUGAAUUCCCUCCUCCUCCACCACUGGAUGCAGAUCAAGGCGAGUCAGAAAAGAAGCCUCAUUAUUCCACUGAAAGCGAAAUGGAGAUGACAGAAGUGAACUUGCAAGAUGAACAUGACAAAUGCCAACUGGCUGAACCUGUCAUAAGAGUGCAGCCGCCGUCUCCUGUGCCACCGGGAGCAGAUGUCAGUGACUCCAGUGAUGAUGAAUCUCUCUAUCAACCUGUUCCACUUAAAAAGUAUACGUUCAAACUGAAAGAACUGGAAGAUGACCAGAAAGAAACCUCAAAACCCAGAGCCCUUGAAAAGAUUGAGAAACAGAAAGAGUUAGGACAUCCCCCUUCUGGGAAACCUAAUGAGUUUGAUAUUGGGCUUGAUUCACCCCAGAAUGAUGUAGUGCACAAUGGGAGUAACAAUGACCAGUCUGUCACAGAGUGUUCCAUAGCAACCACUGCAGAAUUCUCCCAUGAUACCGAUGCAACAGAGAUUGACUCUCUUGACGGUUAUGAUUUGCAAGAUGAAGAUGAUGGUUUAACUGAGAAUGAUUCUAAACUUGCAGGUCCGGCAGUUGAAACCAAAAAGGACGUAUGGACUACAGAAGGCAUUCUAAAGCAGACCGAUCGCUGCUUUAGCCAGAGUAAGCUUGAAGUCAUUGAGGAGGAAGGCAAGGUAGGCCCUGAAGAAGACAAGAUGCCUUCGAGGGGUCCAGCCUCUGAAAAAGCCGGAGAUAAGAGCGAACAGAAGUCAGGGGCACAGUUUUUUACUUUGGAAGGCAGACACCCUGACAGGACUGUAUUUCCCGAUAGUUAUUUCAGUUACAAAGUAGACGAAGAAUUUGCAACACCUUUCAAAACAGUGGCCACCAAGAGCCUAGACUUUGAUCCGUGGUCCAAUAACCGAGGUGACGAUGAAGUGUUUGAGACUAAAUCAAGGGAUGAUGAGGCUAAGCCAUUUGGUCUGGCAGUGGAAGACAGAUCUCAAGCAACAACACCUGAUACAACUCCAGCCAGAACUCCAACAGAUGAAAGUACGCCAACUAGCGAGCCCAACCCCUUCCCAUUUCAUGAAGGGAAGAUGUUUGAGAUGACUCGCAGUGGUGCAAUUGACAUGAGCAAGAGGGAUUUUGUUGAAGAAAGACUCCAAUUUUUUCAGAUUGGUGAGCAUACUUCUGAAGGGAAGUCAGGGGACAAGGGGGAAGGGGAUAAAAGUGCAGUCACUGCCAUCACACAGCCACAGGCAGGGGACAACACUGUAGAAACAAACCUAGAGAGACCGGUAGAAGCGACAGCAGUUGAACAUAAGCCCAUCAUCCAGGCCAGUGGAGAUUGCAUGGAACAAACACUUGGUAGUAACUCCCUGGAAAAAUCAUCGGCAGCGGUAAAUGCUUCUAAAGUUGAUCCCAAAUUGCGCACACCAAUUAAAAUGGGAAUUUCUGCUUCCACCAUGACUCUGAAGAAAGAUGGCCCUGGCGAAGUGACAGAUAAGAUAGAAGCUGUGAUGCCAAGUGGUCAGGGAUUAGAAAAUGAAACUGUAGCGGUGAUUGCGAGUUCAGCUUCUAGCGAGACAAGCUGUAGGCAAACAGAAAACACUGAUUUUCCAAAAGAUAAUUUUAAUAACAACAACAAUUUGGAUUCAUCUGCUGUCCCUACAGAUGAUAUUACCAGUAAUGUAGUGCUAAAAGAACAUUUGGAACCGAAAUGUUCCCUCCAGAAAGCUAACCAAGCGAAAAGCACUUCAGGAAAAGGUACAGGGACAACACAAGGACACAGAGUAAGAGAUAAGCAAAAACCACACGGAGAGCAGCAAAAGUCAACAGAGUUGGUAGGGGCUAGAGGAAAAUCAAAGCUUCCUGUAAAGGCCAGCUCACAAAAUAAUCUCCAGAGCAAUACAGGGAGUAAAGUGAGAGGGGCUAGUAAGCCUGACAAAGCAAAACCAAGUAAUUCUUCUCCCUGUCUAGAAGCAAGGUCUAGGAUUCCUGUAAAAAACACUCACAGGAGUAAUCUAGCUAGAAGAACUCCAGCCCUGCCAAAACAAGAGCAGGUAGAGAAAGAAAAGCCAAAACAGCUUCCUUCUAAAUUACCAGUAAAGGUAAGAUCUACCUCCGUCACCAUGACAACAGUUAAAGUAAGGAAAAAUCAGCUUAGGGAGGUAUGUAAACAUUCUAUUGAAUAUUUUAAGGGAAUUAGUGGUGAGACAUUAAAGCUUGUGGAUCGUCUAUCUGAUGAAGAGAAAAAGAUGCAGUCAGAGGUCUCUGAUGAUGAAGAAGACAGUACAUCAAGGAACACAUCCUUAUCAGAAGCUACUCAAGUUUACCAGCCUUCCAUUACAACGAAGUCUGCUAGAGACAUGAGAACUGAGGCAGCAUCUAUAAAAUCAAAGAUUGAAAAGGCCGACAGUGAGAGGAGGAGGAGUAAGAGGACUGGUCCACAGAGUCCAUGUGAACGGACAGAUAUAAGGAUGGCAAUUGUAGCCGAUCACCUAGGACUUAGCUGGACAGAACUGGCAAGAGAAUUGAAUUUUUCUGUGGAUGAAAUAAAUCAAAUCCGAGUAGAAAACCCAAAUUCUCUUAUUGCUCAAAGCUUCAUGUUAUUAAAAAAAUGGGUUACCAGAGAUGGGAAAAAUGCUACAACUGAUGCCUUAACUUCUGUAUUGACAAAAAUUAAUCGAAUAGAUAUCGUGACCCUGUUGGAAGGACCAAUAUUUGAUUAUGGAAAUAUUUCAGGCACCAGAAGUUUUGCAGAUGAAAAUAACGUUUUUCAUGAUCCCAUUGAUG